CAUCGUGCCGUCUUCCUGGGAAGCUAAGGAAAGGAAAGUUAGCACGUGGGACUAGUGAUUUGCCGUGUUUUGCUCUUCCUCAGGGUGAUUAAGUGCCUUCAUAAACCGUGCCUUGCGAAGCGUGACAUUGUACAAAACUCCGGAGGUGGCCGUUAACUGUUAACAGUCCGGUAAGCUGAUUUAUCUGCCGUGUUAUGGCGGACAACGGAGAUGAAGAUUCUGCGUACAGAAUCAAACAGGGAGACUACGUUGUGUUGAAAAGAGGAGAUAUCUUCAAAGCUGCUCAAAUUCAACCCAAGAAGAAGGUGAUUUUUGAGAAGCAGUGGUUCUUCUUGGACAAUGCCGUGGGACAACUGUUUAGCACCACGUUUGAGAUUGUGUCAGGAGUUUUGCAUGUUCGGAAGCCCAAAGACGCAGAGAGCUCCAUUGAUGCCAAGGAGGUGGGCACAGACAACCGAAACAUUGUAGAUGAUGGAAAGUCCCAGAAACUGACCAGAGAUGAUAUAGAAGCACUCAAAGAGCAAGGUCUGGAUGGUCAGGAAAUCAUCCAGCAGCUUAUAGAGAACAGCUCCACAUUCAGAGAUAAGACUGGAUAUGCCCAGGAUAAGUACAUCAAAAAGAAAAAGAAGAAGUAUGAAAACACUGUGACGAUUCUAAAACCAUCCUGCCGCAUCCUGGCAAUGAUGUACCAUGGGCGAGAACCAGGGAAGAUCUGCCACCUGCGGUAUGACACACUCGCCCAGAUGCUGACUCUGGCCAAUGUCCACGCCGGCAGCAAAGUUUUGGUCUUUGAGACAUGCGCUGGCCUUGUCCUGGGAGCUGUCAUGGAAAGAAUGGGCGGCUUUGGCUCAGUGAUCCAAAUGUACCCAGGAGGUGAGCCUCUCCGGCCUGGUGUGGAGAGCUUUGGCUUCCCUUCACAUUUCCAUGAUAUGCUGCAUGAUUUUCCCAUCUGCCGUGUCAACGCUUUGCUGGCAGGAACUCUGAAAACUACUGCCAAAGAUCCCAGUGCUGAUUCAAAGCCAUCAGACAUGCCUGCAGAGGAGAUGAUCCAGCCUGAGGGUGAGCAGCAGGGCAGUCCAGAGGAGCAGGGCACGGAUACAAACAGCCCCACUGAUGGAGCCGAUGAACAGGAGAAAGAGGAGCAGGACAAACGCAGAGAAGCCAAAGCUCAUGAAAGAAAGGUGAAACUGGAGGAGAAACGGAAGAAGCUAGCAGCUGUUGCCCCACUGCUGGAAGGCAGGGACGCCGACGGGUUGGUCAUAGCAAGCCGCUUUCACCCAUGUCCAGUGUUAAUGAACCUGCUGAAAUUCCUCUCCCCCUCCCGGCCUUUUGUCGUCUACUCCCAAUACAAAGAGCCUCUGAUCGAGUGCUACACAAAACUCAAGGAACAAGGUGGUGCAAUCAACAUGAUGAUCACAGACACCUGGCUCAGACAGUAUCAGGUGCUGCCUAACAGGACACAUCCUGUGCUACUGAUGAGCGGAGGCGGGGGCUACCUCCUCUCAGGAACAACGGUCACCACAGACCGUUCCAAACCUGCGGGCUCCCAGCAAGCUGUGGAACCGGCACCAAAGAGACAGAAACUGACGGACACUGAAGGAUAAACAAACACAGGGCACAUUACUGGUGGUCUACAUGGGUUCUCCUCCAGCAUGGACUUCUCUGAUUAGGCAGAUCUGAUCUGACACAUCUGGAAUCAAGUAGACGGAGUGUCUGGUUUACAUUCAUCAGCACACUUUCUCCUGGCUUGUGUAUGCAGUUCACUGCAGAUUGAAGGUAAUGCUGGGGAGUUAACUGUAAGCCAGUUCAGUCUGGGUGAGCUCAGUGUGUGUGUUAUGUAAGGGACUGCAGAAAUAAUCUGUUAUGUGUUGAGAGUAUGUGGCAGGUUUGUGUUUUAAGCCUUAAGAACAGGUGUAAAAACUUUUUUUUUCUCAGAGUUAAUCCUCUUCAGCUAGGUUAUGACUUUUUUAUUUGGUUAUCCCCACAAGAAGUGCCAUUUGUUAUAUGAGCCUCAUGUGGGUUACAGUUGUAUCAUCAUGGAAUUAAAAAGCAGUACAAGACGG